UUCGGGUGUGCUCCACCUGGGCCUGUGGUGCUUGCCGUCUUGUUUCCGCCGGCACUUCGCAGAGCGAUGCAGAUACUUCACAGUUUUGCACGCCGUACAACGGCGACGAAAGCGACGAAACGACACGGGUAGCCGACGCUGAAACCGGGGCGGGGCGGUACCGCAUCGCACAGGGAACAGGAUAGGAUGCGAUGCGAGAACUCGCAGUGUGCACACACCCGGCGUCGAGAAACUUUGAACAUCCCGCCUCGCCUGCGCCGUAUUCCUAGCGCCUACAUCGCCGAGGCCGCAUCCUGAGCUCCUCUGCGAUCUUCUCUUGCGACGACCAUGUCUACGCCCGGCAGCUAUGCAUCGCCAGGCUCUGCAGCCUCGCCGACGAGCAGUGUCGCGAGCUCGGCGCCGUCGCCCUACGUUGCCGUCGACGGCAGCGACCUCACCUUUCCAAGCGAAUGUCCCGAGAACGGGAAGGUAAUCUUUCCGACGAGAGACAUGUACAGCACUAUCACGGGCGCGCGGUACUAUUCUCGCAUUCACGCCCAACUGCCGUUCCAGCUGUGGCCUAUGCUUAUCGACAUAAUCAGCUUCUACCCCGGCUUGUCGGACACCUUCCUCACAGCACACCGCAACAUCAUAUUGAUAUAUGACAUGGACCUAUCUGCACAUGAGAGACACUACCAGACUGUACUACAAAUGCUGCAGAGUCAAAAGAUAGGCUGGGACGUCAAUCGGUGCGUGUAUGCGAGAGCGACGCCGGGAGAGGUGGGGUUCGCGUUUGCAAGAGGAGGGGGCAGGAGAACGCCGGGGUUGAUGAUGGUGGACAUAGGGAGAGGUGGGGGUUGAAGAAGAGACUUAGAUGUCGGUCCAAAGGAAUUAAAUUGGGGGAGGACCGGUUCGCGAGAGCUCAUGCAUGGGCGCGAUAGCGCACAGAGAGCGCGACGGUCGACGACAAGCAUUGCUGGCAAGAGCGCGGAGAAAGAGUAGCGCGAUGGCCUACUGGGAAAGGUACUAUACGAAUGCAAGAGCUGGAAUAAGCUGAAAUGUGAGAGGAGAGGGUAUUCUGGUCGCCUGGUCUGAUAAUUUUAUGGUUUAUCCCGCCCUGAGGACUAAAUCUUGCAUCUGCUCACCAAUUUAUGCCAGAGUGUCAAUCAAUCAGAUAUCGGCACACAAAAGAGUCAAAUCACAG